UGCAUAUAGUCCUAUAAUUUCAUCUAUUUCUGACAAAUUUUAAUCGUUUUCUAGCAAGUUUUCCGAGAAUUAAAUUCUACAGAAAACUUCUUAGAGCCUUUGCCAUUAAGGAAACCCAUUCUAAAAAUUUAUUUUGCACUUGAUCUGAAAGACCACAACUUCUUCUACAAAACAACAAGUCUCCGAGAUCUGUAGGAGCCAGGUUUAGGACGGUACACUCAUUUUUCCUUAGGUAGGUCGUAUUUGGCCUGUUUAGUGUGGAUUUUCGCAAAGAGACAGAUGUUACUUGUAAUUAAAAUUCCAUACUGUCCUAAAUCUUGGUCUUUAAAGUUCUUUAUAAGCCCAAUAUCGGACGUUUGUACGUUUCCUCUGGACUUCAAACCAAAUGAAUCAUACAUGUGUGAUAUUUCUUUCAGAUAAUAUACGUUAGUACUUAAAUAAUUGCAGUUGAAUUAUCCUUAAAGGGUGAUUCAGAUAAAACAGAAACCGAAAAUAUAAGUACAUCUUACAAAGUAAGUCCUUUUGUCCGAUUUCUGUGUUUCUUUCUCAAAUUUCAAAUCUAAAACAGGUGAUUUUUUGCACGUUUAUUUUUUAGAUUGUUCCAUUUGUAAUUGUUCAAAAAUGGUCUUUAAACUUGUUUAUAAGGCAAAUAUCGGAUCUUUUGAUCGAAUGGUAGAACAAAUUGAGAAAGAAGCAAUUCGUUCCGAUAGCAAAGAAUUUCGUCUGUAUCCAGGUGUUUACAAAAAUUUACAUGAUAAGCUGGUUGCGUUCGUCGAAAAAGGAUUACAACAAAAUGAACAUUCAAAGAUCUAUAAUAACAAGACCAAACGUUGGCGAAUUGUUAAAGAUACCAGUAAUCCAAGUAAUGUUAUUUUGAUAAUGAAUAUCCCGGCCAAGAAUAAUAAACCUGCUCGUGCGUAA